GGCAAGCCUUCCGGGUGCGGAUCCUCCCCGAUGCCUGCGCCUCCAACGGCGAGCUCAUGCGCGGAGUGCGCUUCCGAGGCAUCCUCGUCAACACUGGUAGGCCGAGCUCCUGCCCCAUCGAGGUCGAGGGGGUGUCGCAUCCGCUGGCUUCGGCAGGUGGAGGCUCUGCUUGGCUGCCGGCACAGCUCUUCUACAGCACCUGGGACAGAAGAGGAGCUGUAG